CCAACUUCCUGCUGCUGCCAGCCACAGCCAGCUACUGCGGAUAGGUUCCUCCAGGUGCAGAGGGCGUGAAAGGCUUGGCAGCUGUCGUUAGGACCUUCUCUUUGGACCGGUCAAGAAAGGGGAAGAAAGGAUGUCUGCUUUGGGGGCUGCAGCUCCGUACUUGCACCAUCCAGCUGACAGUUACAGUGGCCGGGUCAGUUUCCUGGGUUCCCAGCCCUCUCCAGAAGUGACGGCAGUGGCUCAGCUCUUGAAGGAUUUAGACAGGAGCACCUUUAGAAAGUUGUUGAAACUCGUGGUCGGGGCCCUGCAUGGGAAAGACUGCAGAGAAGCUGUGCAGCACCUUGGUGCCAGCGCCAACCUGUCGGAGGAGCGUCUGGCCGUCCUGCUGGCGGGCACACACACCCUGCUCCAGCAGGCUCUCCGGCUGCCCCCUGCCAGUCUGAAGCCAGAUGCCUUCCAGGACGAGCUCCAGGAACUUGGCAUCCCCCAAGAUCUGAUUGGAGAUUUGGCCAGUUUGGCAUUUGGGAGUCAACGCCCUCUUCUCGACUCUGUAGCCCAACAGCAGGCAUCCUUGCUGCCUCACGUGUCUUAUUUCCGGUGGCGGGUGGAUGUGGCCAUCUCAACCAGUGCUCAGUCUCGCUCCCUGCAACCGAGUGUUCUCAUGCAGCUGAAGCUCACAGACGGAUCUGCAUACCGCUUCGAAGUACCCAUAGCCAAAUUCCAGGAGCUGCGGUACAGUGUAGCUUUGGUCCUUAAGGAGAUGGCAGAGCUGGAAAAGAAGUGUGAACGAAAACUGCAGGACUGAACCCUGGUACUGUGGGUGCACAGCCCCACUGGUGAUGGGGCCAACUCAACUAGGGCCUGCAUGUAAGAACGUAUUUAAGUGAAAAGACAGCUAGGACUUUCGGGUUUUGUUUUAUGAGUAAACAGCUGGGCAGGGUGGAACAUUUUAUAAUCUCAGCACUUGGAAGGCUGAGGCUGGAGAAUGGGAAAAAAAAAGCCAGCCUGGGUUUUACAUAGUGAGGCUCAGUUUCGAAUUAAAGAGGUAAAGCAACUAUUAAAAACAUGUCAUUCUACUAGGGGAUUUAACCUACUUGCCCCAUCCCCAACUGUUGGCUUGAGGCCAUGUGAAGAUCUAAGUCCAGACAAAGACCUCUUGCAACAUACAACAAGAUUUCUCAGCAUGACCCGAACCCUGCUCAUUUGCUUUCAUAAGUCCUGUGCCUUGCUGUGGACAUGUUUAUUCUUUUGCCCUAAAUUCCUGCUUUCAAGAAGCUGACAUCCUAGUGGGAAGAUAAGAGGGGAGACAUUACAAAUACUGAAUAUCCGUUAAGUAAUGUUUAAUAUAUAUAACAUUAAGUACAUAUUUUAAAUAUUAAAACAUGAGAACAGGGCUGGAGGAUUGAUUCAGCUGUUAAGAGCACUUGCCUUUGCAGAGGACUUGGGUUCAAUUCCCAGCAUCCACAUGGUGGCUCACAAACUUCUGUAACUCCAGUUGUGGUGGACCAGGGCAUCCAACACCAGGACAUCCAACACAGGCACAGAUGUGGUACUCACACAUAUAUGCAAGCAAACCAGUCAGACGCAUAAAAUAAUAAGUCUAAGACAAACAAUAAAACCAUGAGUACAACUUGUGACAAUUGAAUAGAGCCAGGUCAGACGAGGAUAAGUGUUUGGAAAGGGGACCAUUGUGAGAAGGUUGGUUGAUAACAAGGUGAUCUUCUUUGAACUUAGGUGUCUCUGCAAACGGGUGGCAUUGAGGGAUCAACUGGAGCUUGACUGCUAGGACAGUAAAGCUAUACAGUGUCAGUGUAGUAACAGUGGAAGGCAUCCACUGUAUUAGUCCAGUACUUACCUUCCUCUCCAUGGGCAGACUGGAACCGCUGGGUAUACAUAUCAAGAGUGUCUUUGGGAGCUAGAGGGUUGAGUCUGUGGUUAAGUGCCCUUGUUGCUUUUUCAGAAGACCUGGGUUUGAUUCCCAGCACCCACAUGGUGGUUCACAGCUGUUAGUAACUCCAUUUUCAGGGGAUCCAAUCUCUUCUUUUGUCAUUCCUGGGCACCAGGCACACGCUUGGUGCAGUCAUACAGGCAGAAUGUCCAUACUCAUAAAAUAAAUCUUUA